AUGUCACGACGCCAGCGAUACUCACGGCCGACGCCGUUAACGGUCCCGGAAAAAGAGGAGGAGGAGCCCUAUACACUGCCGGCAACGGUCUAUUCGCCUGAGUUCGACGAGGUCGAGGAGCAGCAGCAUAUCCGGGUGGGGAGCCCGACAGACAUCUCAGGCCUAUUUGAUGACGACAGUGAUACAAGCGAUAGCAGCAGUGCGGCGAGCUCCAGGGCGGAGAGCUUGGUGGACAAUGAGCGGGUGGUGUUUGUGGGAAGGCAGAAGAGGAGGGAGAGUUUGAAGAGGUUGAGUGUUGAGAGGGAUAGGCGGAGUGCGAGGAAUAGUCGGGAUAGCAGGGAUGGCAGGGACAGUACAAAGACGCCGAGUACGCCAGUUACGCCUAUGUCACCAUACGAACCAUCAAUGAGCUUCCGCCCACCAUCAACCUCGAAACGUGACUCCUCAAGGCGUGACUCCUUAAAACGUGAUUCUACAUCGUCUUCUUCGUCAUCUUCAUCCUCUUCGACUUCAUCAUCCCAGGACUCCCGCCGUCCACGGCCUCCGGUGAAACAAAACUAUUCCACCCACUCUGUGCAGUCCGGCGGAGGCAAAGCCAACGCAAUCCUCGGCAUCGGAAUCGGCCACCCACCCAUUGCCAGCUCCCGCGUCUCCACUCCAAUAAACAAAGACCCAAUUAUUGACAACUGGGACGUCUCCGACAACGAGGCUCCCGCGAAGCCCAUCUCUCUAAAGCCCUGGGGUCCCCUUGCCGUCAGCGCAAAAAAGGUACCAAGCAUCGGUAGCAUCAGAAGCCUCGACCGCAGACCAGCACGUAGCAGCAGCUCCUCAAGCGGCCGCUUUGUAAAACCCAAGAUUGAAAACCCGCAGCCAAAGCAUGUGGUGCGGGCACGGUUCUCGGAGAUGCGGGGGUACGAUGCCGAUGACAUGAAGCGGAAAGGAAGCCCGCUCGACAGCGGCGUGGCAUUCAAGCUCGUCCACCACCCCACGCACUCACAGAGCUCAGCAGACAUCCGACUACCGCCGAAGCCACGACGCGCACAGACAAUGGGGAAGAUGCAGUCGAACGAGGGGAGCGGAACGUCAAGUCGCUCUUCGUCAACAUCGUCUAUCAGACUGCCGAAACGGUCACCGUCUGCACCGAUUGGGCCGAGGACAUCUGCGCAGAGUUUCGAGCUGACGGAGCUCCCGGUAGUGUUUAGUGCGCUGCCACUGGAGGGAACAGACUCCUACAACAUCGUGCCGACGGAGUUUAUUGUACCGGAUAGUCGCUCGCCAUCGCCGCCGCCGGUGCAGCCGAUGCACCCAUCGUGGAGCAAGUUCGACGAAUCCGUUGCCGCCAGCACGGAUGCAGCGCGCAAAGCAGAGCUUAACGCUAUGGCGGCGAUGAUGGACCCGUCGUCGCAGCAGGCAAUGUCAUUCCGCAGCAAGUACCCGAUGGACUCAGCCUACUCCGGGAACCUCGAGGUGCCUAGCCCCAACAACCACGCCAGCAUCGUGCGGCCAAACAGCCGGUGGAGCGACUACUCCGAGGCCGACAGCAUCAAGGAAAGCUGGCGCAGCAGUGUUCUCAACCACUUCCAUCUCCCGAGCGUCAUGAGCGUGCGCAGGAAACUGGACCUCCGCGUCCCGGUCGCAGCCGCAAAGGAGGGCAUCCGCAAAAUGGGCACAAAGGAAAUCCACGAAAUCAAAGAAGAAGACGCCGCCCCGGGGGGCGGCAACCGCCCACGCAGCGGCGAAGCCGGCACCUUCAACCCGGCCCUCAACUCGCACUCCGCCGCUGCCUCACACAGCAAAGGCAACACAUCCGCAAAUGGCGGCAUCUUCCGCUCCAGAACCGCUUUGGGCCGCUCCGACUCCAUCGUGACGCUCUCCCGCAGCAAGAGCAUUCUGCGCCCCGAGUCUGCGCGCAUCGAGAAGGUGUCCAUCUCCGCCCCGCAGCCACAUGGCACCCCCACGCCAAGCUCGUCACGCCCGGUAUCGACCGCCACGAGGCCGGUGUCAACGGCGACGCAGCGCGGGUCGAUCCGCGGACGGCCGGACUCGUCGCCGUUGGCUACGACGGCAACGACGGCGACGACGACGGUGGAGGUGGGGAGUCCGGGGAGUGGGGAUGAGGUGGCGAGUCCUGGGUCGAGGAGGUUUAAGGAUGUGUUUGAGAAGUAUAUGGUGAAGGAUACGAAGAAGAAGGCGGAGGAGCGAAGGAGGAACGAACUCAAGAAGAUGAUCACCGUCAUUGCUAAUGAGCCCGGUAGAUUGAUUUGA